AUGUCGGAUAUUGCUGCCAAACAAAGAGCUACAACACGUAGCAGUGCACAUGAAGACAACCCAGCAAGGGAUAACAAAUUAUCAACACCGUUGUCCUCGUCCUUCUUCUCAUCCUCGUCAUCAUCAUCAUCAUUUUCAUCCUCAACCCAUGCGUCAAGAAUAUGUAUAACAUUUAAGUAUGGAAUAUCGACAAUAGAUCAAUAUGUCUCUGGAACCACAGAUGAUGAAAACUCCCACAUACAUGCCAUACUCACCAAUGAUAAUCUAAUCGAUGGCACCAUUGAAACACCCACUGAACAAUAUUACAUUGAACCAUCACACCGCUACUCACCGGAUCUCCAGGAUGCGGGAGUACACACGAUUAUCUAUAAGUUAAGCGAUGUAGAUCAACCAUCGAAAUCCUCUAAGGCCGAACACUGUGCCAGCGAGAGGCUCAAACGCAGCAUGCUAAUGGAUGACCUGAAGCGAAGAAAGUCACACAGCAACAAAAGUGUGCGAGAGGAGUUGAGGGGAGACAUCAAUGGUGGCGUUGGUGAUGGUUUUCAAACAAAAGAACGUGUCAAAAGAUGGCUGCCGGAAGAGCUGGCUUCAUCUGGCGAUGGCCAUAAAAAUGACCCACCGUUGCCUUUGGAUUUAGAUGUUCCCUAUAAUGAUGACUACAGUAUUUACCAUAAUGCGGAUACAAAUUCUGAAUCCAGUUCAAGCGCUACAUUAGCGAAUUCCAAUAAAAAAAAAGAAGAAGAAGAACAAAAGCGUAAAACGCAACAAGCAUCUGUGAUAACGUGGCGUAAUGCUGGUCAGCAGCAGACAAAGCAGGGUGGAGGAGCAGCAUCAGACACAACUGCCAAUACUCCACCACCACCAUUUACUCCCUCGUCCUCGUCCUCCUCCGCAUCAUCAUCAUCGACGAAAUACAAUCGCAACCGUAACAUAAUUGUUAGUAAUUAUAAUCCUAACAACAACAACAAUAAUAAUAACAAUGGAGACAGUUCAUACAACAACAACAAUGUGAGGAAAACCUACACCAAACACAAAAACAUCAUUGUCAGCACCUACAACAAUCGCUCAUCGUAUGAUGACUUCAAUGACAGCAACGGAGGCGGCGGUGGUGGUUUCUUCAACAACAACUGGACCACCAUCUUCAUGGGCAAUGAUCGACCGAUCCACAAGACCCAUGUGGAAAUAAUCACCAAAAAUGGUGCCACCAAAAAACCCAAUAUCAUUGUCAAUAAUUACAAUCCGGAAAUAAUGAUGGCGCCCAAUCCACACAAUCCCAAUUUCAAUAGCAUGCUGAUGACCAGCUUGCUAAGCAAUCGUGGCGGGGAUUAUGGCGAUAGCCCGAACAGUGUGAAAUCGUUGUAUGAUCGUAAGAUAACGUGCAUGUUGUAUCUACAGGCGGAUCAUACAUUUUUUCAGAAAAUGGGUUCGGAUGAGGCGAGCAUUGAGGCCAUAACGCGCCAUGUCCAGAGGGCCAAUUCGAUAUACAAGAAUACAGACUUUAACAAUGAUGGCAAGCCCGAUAACAUCACUUUCAUGAUAAAACGCAUUAAAGUCCACAACAUGAACGCCAUCAAGGAUCCCUCAUAUCGAUUUCCCGGAAAUUAUGGUGUUGAGAAAUUCUUGGAAUUGUUUUCAGAGGAGGAUUACGAUGCUUUCUGUUUGGCUUAUAUGUUCACCUAUCGGGAUUUCGAAAUGGGCACACUGGGUCUGGCCUGGACGGGUGAUUUGAAGAAUGCCGGCGGUGUGUGUGAAAAGAAUGGGCACUAUCGUGGCUCCCUGAAAUCCCUCAAUACGGGUAUUGUUACUCUGCUAAAUUAUGGCAAACAUGUACCACCGGCCGUAUCACAUGUAACACUGGCCCAUGAAAUUGGCCAUAAUUUUGGAUCACCGCACGAUCCCGAACAGUGUACCCCGGGCGGCGAAGAUGGCAAUUUCAUAAUGUUUGCUCGUGCCACAUCGGGAGACAAGAAGAAUAACAACAAAUUCUCUCCCUGCUCACUGAAGUCCAUUGAACCGGUUCUGAAUGCCAAGGCUCGUAGCACAAAGGGUUGCUUUACCGAACCGCAAUCGUCGAUUUGUGGCAAUGGCGUUGUAGAACCUGGUGAACAAUGCGAUUGCGGUUGGGAAGAGGAUUGUAAAGAUUCUUGUUGCUUUCCCAUGUCACGCCAUCCGCGCAACGAUGAGAAGCCCUGCACGCUGACGCCGAAGGCGAUGUGCAGUCCCUCGCAAGGUCCCUGCUGUACGGGCGAUUGUAAACUUAAGUAUGGUGAUAAGUGCAGAGACGACAACGGCUGUCGGGAUCCCAGUUUCUGUGAUGGUCACAUGCCUCAGUGUCCGCCAUCGGUCAAUAAGCCGAACAAGACAAUAUGUAACAAGGAAUUCGUUUGCUAUAUGGGUGAAUGUACGGGUAGUAUUUGUUUAGCCUAUGGUCUGGAAUCGUGUCAAUGUAUUCCGGGGCCCAAAGAUGACAAGAUCAAAUCAUGUGAAUUGUGCUGUAAGCUGCCUGGGGAGGAUAAUCCAUGUCGCAGUUCCUUUGAAUGGAAUGAACCACCAUUUGAUGUACCCGAUAUGUAUGCCAAACCUGGAACACCCUGUAAUGAUUAUAAUGGUUACUGUGAUGUGUUCCAAAAAUGUCGUGAAGUUGAUCCUUCUGGUCCUUUGGCAACAUUGCGCAAAUUGUUGCUGUCCGAGGAGAGCAUUGCCACAUUCAAGAAGUGGAUACAACACAAUUGGUAUACCGUCGCCCUGGCCGUUGUUGGCGUAUUUGUGCUGUUGAUCCUGAGCACGAAACUUCUAACGAAACGAUCAAAUCUAAAACUGAAGUCGGUAACAAUAAUACACAGCGCCACCACCGAAACCGUCCGACUGCCAGACGACAACAACGGCGUUAUCGUUCACACGGCCGUGCGAACAAAGGUGCCGUUCAAAAAGAAAGUCAGAGGCGAGCGAGCAGCAGCCAAUGGUAAGAAAACAUCAGCAGCAGCAGCAACAACAACGCAGACAGCAGCAGCAGGCGGUGGUGGGGUAACAAAGGCAAGUAAGGUCAUCAAUAAAAACUCCCAUUCCCAUGGACGCAUCACCAAAGUGGCGGCAGCAGCAACGGCGGCAACCACCAGCUCAGCAGCAGCCGGAGCCACUGCUGUUGUAACAACAACAUCGACGACACCGGGUGAAGGCAAGAAACCACCGCGCGGCAAAAAGAAUCGCAUUUCCGGCAGUCAAAGUAAAACCGCUCAAAAUGUCAUCAAUGCUGUGGUCAAUGCCGAAAAGGCGGCCAAUGCGGCGGAAAAUCUCAAGAAAUCAAAGAAAAAGAAACACAGCAAAGAAAUCAUUGAUUAUUCCACACGCAACACAGGUGGCCUGGGUUCGGCCAAUAAUCACACCAACACUUUUGGCAAGGUACAAAAAUGGUUGCUGGAAUCCCCCAUUGUGGCCCAGCCACUAUCCCACAUUGAACACUCUUCGAAGGUUAAGAAUGUUAUGAGUAAAUCUCAGAGUACCCCUGAAAGAUUGGUCCAGAAGACACCCACCAAGAGUAAGAGCAUGGGUAAUUUGUCCAAUGAAAAGGUCAAGCUGCAAGUGGUCUACAAGCCACCUUUCAAAUUUGCCCUACGCCUCUCGAAGAACACCAAAGUCAAGACCCAUGUCAUUGGCAAUCCGGCGAAUACGAAAUUUAAACGGCAUUCGCGUAGCGACAACAAAAGGGCCAGCGGUAGUCAUCAAAUGGAUGGUGGAGGCAAUACUGGAGGUAGUGGUAGUGGUGGGGCUGCCAGAUCUCUGGGAGAAAAAACUAAACGGGCCGCUCUUUUGCUGCGCUCCAACAAUGAUGAGGACAAUCAAAUUUUAACCCUAAAUGAACCCAAUUAUGAAACCUUAAACCCCAAAACCGCUCCAUCACGUGUGGAGAAUCCCUUCUAUGAAAAUCUCAAAUUCAUACAGACCAACGAGAAGCGCCUGAGCGAUCCAGCUGUAAAUGCUGCUGGCGAAAAAUCGAACAGCACAAGUGCCGCCUCCAGCAUGGUCAAGCGUUCGUCGAGCAAAUCAAAUCUGGACAACCAACCCUCCACUUCACAGACCCAACAUUUCCAGAGAUCAUCCAGUUCCAGUAAUCCCUUUGCCGUAGACCAGCAGCGUUCAUCGCGCAAGCUCAGCGACAGCAAUGCUGAUAAUCUGAGUCGCAAUUUUGGCAGCACUCAAAAUCUCAUAAAUAAUAGUCAGAAUAAUCUAAGCAAAACCAAGAAACGCAGUAGUCUUAAUCUCAAGUCUAGUGUGGCCAAGAAUGGCAAAGAUCCACCACCUGGCCUGCAGCCGGCCAAGCGCAGUAACUCCAACAUGAAUCUGCGGAGAGAAUCCACGGAUAAUUCCAAGCUCACACAAGUGGGCAGCAAAAGUGGACUGAGUGUGCCAGCCGCGCAGGGUCACGGUCCUGUGCCGCUGAGACGCAGCAUAAGCUCCACACCAGCCCACCAAUCCGAUCAAAUGCCGGGCAAUGUCUUGGCCAAAUCUUCUUCCUCCUCGUCCACACCGGCUGCAUGCUUAGCUGGCAGUAACACAUCGCAGCAACUGCCAUCAUAUAAUGCUCAACGUGCGUCGCGAGCUAGUUUUAGUAACAUACCCAGAGCUAGUCUUAGUUUGCUUAAUACGGCGGCGGCAGCAGCAAAUGCAGCCUCUAUAGCAUCCUCCAGCUGUUCGUCGGCUGGCGGCAGUGUGGGUAGCAGUAAUUCUCCGGCCAAUCUUAACAAUAGUUUUAAUUUUAAUCCAGCCAUAGUAACACAAGCCGAGCACAGGCGCAGCCGCACAAGCUUGCCACCACCACCGCUAAUCAGUGCCCCCCUACCGCCCGGGCAGCAACGUUCGAAUUCGAUAAGACAGCAUACUCACAACUAUCAUCCACCACCACUGCCUGCUGCGGCCUCAGCAUCCACUUCCAAGUCAUCAUCCUCCUCCUCCGCCAGUUCUGCAAACAACAACAACACCAGCCACCACAAUUCGAAAAUGCAUGCCACAGAAUUGACAUCAGAUUUGGAGGUAAUGGUCUCCGACAUAGAAACCCUGGUUAGUUAGUCAAAAAUCCAUGGAGUUCGUCAGAAGAUGCGUUCGCUAAAGGAUCGCAUGAAUACGUAUCUGCAAGACGGACACUAAAAAAAAAGUAUUAAAAUGUAACAGCAAUCUGAAGGCUGCUAUACACGUAAUGUUAGCGUCAUAUGUAAAAGAACGUUUUAUACAUUUAUAUUAAGCAUAUUUAUAGCAUACUUUAAGGCGCCUCACACAAUUUGUAUUCUGAAAGGAAACUCAUUAUAGUAUAGCAAAUAUGAAUACAUUCAGAGGAUAACUGCAAUAUAAAUAUGAUAGAUCAAUAUUACAUAGCAUUGUACAAAAUAUAUCCUAAAAAGGGUAGCGUUCGAUUAAGUUAAAAAAAUUGUUGAGAAAGAAUUAAUUUCCAUAUGACUCUAACAAGACGUGGAAACUGGCCUUAAACAAAACUACAUAUAACAUAAAACUUUGAUAUGGUCUUUUUCGAGUCAUUUUUUCUACAACAGACAGAAAAUGCCGCCUCACUGCCCUCGUUUUCUAUUUUUGUUUUUCGGUUUCCAAAUUCUUUGGUUUUUCAUUUUCCUUUAAGGCCGUCAACUGAAAAUCAAAUGGAUUAACAAAAUGAUAUUAAAACAACAAAAGUAAUACUAACAGUCCACAGAUAUACAUAGAUAUAAAUUUGGAUACAUUUAAAAAUCUGUGGAAAAUUUUAUAACAAAACAAAAACUAACAAACAAAUGGAAGACUUCCCCGUAAUCCAUCCAUUACCAUACAUAUCUGAAGAUAAUUUUUGGAAAUUUAUGUACGUACAUACAUAUUUAUUGCCAUGUUAAGAUGAUGUUGGAAAAAAUGUUUUUAUUAAAGGACAUAUUUUUGAUAUGAGGAUACGGGGAUAACAAAAUUCCCAAUUUGAAAAAAAAAUUGAGUCUAAAGGUUCGAAGGGUUAAAUAACUCACAAAUUAUUUUGUCAGGACAGCCAGGCAGGGACAGAUAAAAGGAAACACCUCCAAUUUUCACUGAGCAUUUAUUUUCGGUGAUUAAAAGGAGAGACUUUUAGGUGGUCUUAAGGAAACGGAACGGAGUACUUUUAAUGAGCUCUAAACUCUGAAUAAAAUAACUGAUCUGCUGAGAGAAAAAAAAAACUUUUUUGUAUUUCCAGUUUUACUUUUUAAGAUCAAACUGGCAAUGCCCGCAAAUUCGACUACAACAAAAAGUCCAGAUAGAUUCGCUCCAAAUGUUCGUGUUAGGCCUUACUCAAAAUGCACAAUUUGUUCAGUUUGGCAAAUUUUUUUAAUAAAAACUUCAUAAAUUGAGCUUAAUUUUCAGACUUUCAAUUUAUUUCUUUUUCUCGGAAAGCAAAUUUGGAAAAUUUUUACCGUUUACACCAAAAAGUCUUCAAAAUCUUUCAUUUUGAAGUUCACCGAGGAGGAUACUAAUAAACCAUUGCACAAUGGAACCACAUUUAAUUUUUCUUUUCAAAGCUAUUUCAACGUCUCCUUAUCAAAUUCCAAUAUCCAAUUUUAUAAUUUUAGCUCUAUUCCAUCAUCUAAUACCAAAAUUAGUAACAUUGUGUAGGCACUUCUCUCCAUCCGAAAAAUCAAAAAUCAUCCAAAAUAAAUACCAUUUAGUAAUUUUCGAACAAAUUUUGUAUGCACUUACAAAUCCACCACCAGAUCCUAAGCUCAGUUCCAUACAGUAACCUUAAUAUCAAAUUCCAGGAUUUCAGCUCUGUUAUUUUCCCCAUUACAAAACUUAGUAACAUUUAGUACGCAUAUCCAAAACCCAUUUCUUCUCUCAAGCACAGACUCCAGCAGUCACAUUUAUAUCAAAUUUCAGGAUUCCACAUCUAUCCCUUUACCAAUAGCAGAUUUGGUACUAUUUAGUACUUUUCACAUUUCAAAAAGCAACUCCAUAUCUCAAUACCAGAAACCAACAGAGACCUCAAUAUCAAAUUUCGCGGUUCCAGCUCCAUUCCUCCACCCAAUGGCCAAUUUGGUACCACAUUUAUAAAACCACCUCCAUAUCUUAACGCCAACAACGAAAUCUUACCAUAUUUCGGGAUUCCAAAUAUUUCCUUCACCCAACACCAAAUUUAGUACCAUUCAGUACUUUUCGUACAAUUAUGGCACACAUUUCCAAAACCACCUCAAUAUCUCAAUCUCAGAUACCAACAGACACCUCAAUAUCAAUUUUCAGAACUUUAUCUAUAUCACUUCCAAAUUUGGUACUAUUUAGUACUUUUCGUACAUUUACAGUACACAUUUCCAAAACCAACACCUCAAUAUCAAAUUUGAGGACUCCUUCACCCAAAGCCAAAAUGUUGUACCAUUUAGUACUUUUCGUACAUUUAUAGUACACAUUUCUAAAACCAUAUGCAAAUUUCAGGAUCCCAGCCUAUCCCUUCACCCAAGACCAAAAUUAGUACCAAUUAGUACUUUUCUUACAAAUAUAGGACGCAUUUCCAAACCCACCUUCUAAUCUCAACCUCAGAUACCACCAGUAAUCUAAAUAUCAAAUUUCAGAAUUUUAUCUCUAUCCCUUCAUCCAAUAUCAGAUUAAAUACUAUUUUGUACUUUUCGUACAAUUAUAAUGCACGUUUCCAAAACCACCUCCAUAUGACCAGGCAACACAUGAACAGCGACCAUAGUACCAAGUUUCAGAUUUCAAGCACUAUCUGUCCACCCAAUACCAAAAUGUACCAAAUAUGGUACUACUUAGUACAUUUCUUUGUCUUGGCAAGACUACCUCUUAUCACAAACCUACCACGAAUUUCGAAAUUCCAACUUUUAAAACUAAGUGCUUAAAAUUUAAUACCAUUUAGUACAAUUCGCAGACAUAGCACUCAUUUUGAAAAACUCCUCUCUUUCACAAACCGUAGUGGUGGAUAGGCGGGGAGCCCAAUAAAAAAAUUCCAGCUUUAUCCGUUCACCCUAAAACUUAAUUAUUCCAAAUUUAGUACCAUUUUGGACAAUUCGCACACUUAGUACACAUUUCGUAUAAUCACCUUCAUAACUAUAUUAAACUUGUUUGUCAAACCCUAAUUCUCAUACCAAACUUCAAUUUUUUAGUUCUAUCAGUUCACAUAGUACCAAAUUCAAAUUCAGUUCCAUUUUAGAACUUUUCAUAAGCUUAAAGUAAGAAUUUCCAAAAAAUAUCCUGCAAAAUCCAAAUACAAAUCUGUCCUGCCUUUCAUCAGUGACUCUUAUUCUAAAUUUUAGAAUUAUGGCUCAUUUCGUUUGUCCAAUAAAAAGUAUUAAAUUUUUAGUCAAUUUCAGUUCUUUCCGUACCCUUUAGUACAAAUUUCCAAAAACCCAGCCUUAUCGCACGCCUAUUAGGCUCCCUGUCUAUCUACCACCAAGUUUGUAAUGGUACUACAUUUAGAACAGUUUGGUUUAGAGUGAACGGAUGGAUCUGGAAUUUUAUAUUGGGGUCUCUGUAAGUGGUAGGUAUGUAAUAAUAUGUAGUUUUGGAAAUGUGUACUACAAAUGCACGAGAAGUACUAAAUGCUCUCCCAGUCACCGGUUAUGAUCAUAAAUUUCUAUUUCGAAACAUUGAUUUUGGUUCCACUGGAUUUAGGUCCACAUUUCUUACAAUUUGGUAUAGGGUUCAUGUGCAGCCUAGACAUUUGGAAGUGGUUUCGGAAAUUUGUACUAUAAUAACGAAAAGUACUGAAUGAUACUAUAUUUGAAAGGAAUACAAUACUAAAAGGAUACAAUUCGGAAAUUUCAUAUUUAGAUCACUGAUAGUAUCUGUGUUUCAAAUUUGGCGGUAGUUUGAAAAUGCGUCCUAUAUUUGUACAAAAAGUACUAAAUGGUACUAAAUUCAAUUUCAAGAUCUAGCCUCAGCCGUUUCGCCUGCUCGUAGAUUCUCGGUCAGUCAUUCAAUUAUUGCAAAGAGUCCUCUUUCCUUACAUUGGAUGUUUCUAAAUCGGCAUCUACUUACUUUUUUUUGGCGAUUUUUAAACAAAUUUCCUACAAAACGGUUUGUUUUAUACAAUUUUAAUAAAUCUUCUUGUUUAAAAGAAAUGCGACAACAUCUCUUUAACAAUGCGCCUAAAAGUAUGCUUUAAAAACGGCCCAAACGUAUGGAAACAUUCCCUCAUCAUCUAACAUGGCAAUAGCAAAACCAAUAAAACAAAUCUUGCCUUAAAUUUGUAAGAUAAAAUCGAACAAUUUUCGGUCUACUCAACAGCAUAACAAUUUAGGAAAUAUGUAUGAAAAUAAAAUUGCUGAUAUUUGAAAAUAUCUUGUACACAAAAACAAAACCCCUCUCCUCAGCACCAACAUUUUGAAAGAAAAAGUAAAAGUCUUCAAAAACUAUUUUGUGAUCGUAGUUUAUUUAUAAUAAAUUUAUUUUUUAAAAAAUCAAGCAGAAAUCUAAAUUGAACAAUAAUUAAAGAAAUUAAAAAAACAAGUCUUAUAACAAUUAUAAGCAACAACAACACGUUUGGACAUUAAACAAACACACAAAACUAUUGUAAAAAAUGAUGUAAAUUUUUAUGUUAUAAAUACAUUGCAAUUGUAAUAAAACGAAUAACAAAACUGAUAUAAUUUUAUAAUAGAAAAACAACUACAACUACAUUAUAAUAUAAAUAUUAAAUAAUAACUGUGUAAAAACUAACCGUAAAUAUUAUAUAUAUAAAUAAACAAAAACAAUUAAUAUUUUUAAGGCAACUCAAGCAAAAAGGCAAUUGAAGUCUUCUUCAUUUGGAUAUGCAAAGGAAAAAAAUAUAUACAUAAUUGUCAGCAAAAUAUUGGUAGUUAAAUAAAAAACCCCAACAACAAAAACUAGACAACAAAUAAUUAUGUGUAAAGUAUAUUUUUUGCCAACUAUUAUUUUUUAAUUUGAUUUCUUAACCUUACUUUUGUCCCAGUUUUUAAUUUGUAUUAAUACCACUAAUAAUAUUAAUAAUAGUUAAGUAAUUAAUUAAUUAAUUAACAAUGAAACGUAAGCUUAAAUUCAAUAACACCUAAACAACAACAACAACAAAAUAACAAUCGAAUAAAUUAAAAACAAAAAUCAUACAAAUAAAAAACCACUAUGAAUAAAAAAUAUGAAACAAAAAAAUAAAAACGUUUUAAAAUGUCUUAUGUGUCAAUUAAUGUAUAAAUUGUGUAAAAUAAAACAAAACAAAAGCAAACAAAAAUGAUAAUCAUACAUGAAUGAAAACAAACAAAAAAAAACAUGAAUAAAUAAAAAACAACACAAAAAUCUGAUAAUUAAUU